AUGACGUCGGUAACUGAUGCUGAGGACAAGACCUAUAAGUAUAUCUGCCGCCAUCACAGCAAUUUUUGCCGUGUGGAUGUCCUAGAGAUUCUGCCUUUCCUGCCCUGCCUCACAGCAAGAGACCAGGACCGACUGCGGGCCACCUAUACGCUCUCAGGGAACAGGGACACCCUCUGGCAUCUCUUCAACAGCCUUCAGCGGCGGAUCGGCUGGGUGGAGUCCUUCAUUGGGGCACUGAGGACCUGUGAGCUGCCUGGUCUCGCUGACGAAGUGGCCCGUGUCUACCAGAGCUUCCUGCCUCGGACCUUGAAUCACCCCCCAGCCUCGCUGGAACCAGUUCGUGCUGAGGCUCCAGGGCUCUCUCUACCUGUCGCCACCCCCAGCGUCCCCUCCAACGGCUACAGGAUGAUGGAGCCAAGCUACCCGAUGCCCGUCCAGGAGAGCCAGCAGCUGAAAGCCUCAGAGGAGACAUCCAGCUCUGGAGCCACCCAGAGUAGGCUGGGUGGGACCCUGGAGCCCUCCUGUGACCUGGCAGCCCUCAGCCCUCUGACCUCCAGUGGGCCUCAGGAGCAGGACAUAGAAUUGGACAGCACUCACACAACAGGUGCAACCUCCAGCCUCACAUUGUCCCGUGGGCCUGUGUCUCCAUCUCUCUCCUUUCAGCCCCUGGCCCGUUCCACCCCCAGGGCACACUUGCCUGGACCAACAGCGUCUACUGACACCUUGUCCUGCUCCUCAUCCACUGGUUUGGCUUCUGCAGAGGCUGCAGCAGGGGACCAGCCUGAGCCUGUCAUCUGCUCCAGUGGGGCAGAGGCACCCACCAACUCUGUGUCCUCUACUGUGCCUGCCACCUCGAUACCUGUGAACACAGUACCACCCAAAGUGCUUGCCAACCCAGCAUUUGCCAGCUCAGUGCCUUCCAAGUUGCCCUCCAGCUUGAAGCCCCCUGGUACAGUGCCUUCCAAUGUGCUUACCAGUCCAGCACCGUCCAAACUGCCCAUCACCUCAACACGUGCCGGCUCGGUAUCAUCCAGAGUGCCCACUAGCAUGGAGCCUGCCAAGGCCCCUGCCAGCACGGUUCCCACCAGAAGGAGCAGCAGCAGCAGAGAGACCCCAGUGCCCACAAGCACCACUGGAGGCAGCUUGGCCCCGCCAGACAGCAGCCCUGAGCAUUGGGGCCCUGGGCCACAGCUGAGCAAGCCAGGUGUGCUGGUAUCCCACGAGGACAUCCAGUUCUCCGGCUGCUCCGCGGACCUCGCCAUCAGUACCAGCAGCUCCUUAGAUGCAGGGCCCAGCCAUGGCCCAGAGGAGAAUGAGUAUGAGUCUGUGGGUACCUUUGGGAUCCAUGUGGCCAAGAACCCCAGUGUCGACCUCCUGGUGGGCAAUCCUGGGCCUCCUGCCGACCUCCUGGACGGCAGCCCCAGGCCACAUGCCCACUCAGAGCUCCUGGAGGAGGUGAUGCAGUGCAACUCGACUGUGCCCUGGGUUCCAUGGUUUCAGGCAGCCAUGGCUGGGGCGCUGGUGGCCACACUGUUGGCAGUGUUGUACCGGCGGCGCCUGCUCUAGUGAUGCUUUCAGCCCUCCCCCCACUCUCCUGCUCCGUUCAGCAGCACACCCAGCCUUCCUCGGGACUGGUGGGAGCUGGGGCAGAGAAGAGCUCAGGGACCGCAGGCCUGGCAGGAGGAAGUGUCUUGGCCAAACUGAGUCCCAGGAGCAGCAUUUCUGUCCCUGUUCCUGUCCUCUGCGGGUCCCUCACUAUCCUUGGCUUUCUGGGCCCUGGGCUGCCCCCAGUGUUCCAGACCUCACUCACCUGGCAAUCUGGGUUGUCAUCUGUGU